UGUCACUGGCCUUUUUUUUUCUUAUUUGCAUUUUUCUUUUCCAGUAAAAGUUUUGGAAUAUUUGAGGGUUCAAGAGCUCUCUGAACCAGAAUCACAAAACAACAACCUGUCAACCCCAUGCUGAGAACAUCAUUUCAAAUCACAUAAUAUUUCUGGAGCUGGGGUGUAACAGAUGGCCCAUUGGAUAUUUCGCACGAUACUUGUCUGCAUACCGUUAUGUCUUGCACUGGUUCAUAAUCAAGGCCAUCAGUUGUUUGAACCAAGAAACCUUAGGAUUUACUCAAAUAAUUCUCUUCAGCAACUGCUACUGGAAUGGGAUGUUAGUGAGGAAGCAUAUAAUUCCAAAAUAGACAUUGUUUUUAAUAUCCAAAUUCGUUUAAGAGAAGAAGACAAAAGAAUUAUUUUGAAUGUGAAUUAUACAGCAGUUCUCAAUAAAUCAAGACAACAGUGGAGUUUUACCUCUGAGGUACCCUUGCAGUGUGCAACGCACGAAGCCAGAAUAAGGAGCAAAGUGGCAUCUUCUCAAAUUUGGAGUAACUGGAGUGAUUGGGUAGCAGCAGAUGGCCCGGAUGUUCUCAGCAAUGAAAAAGAUCACAUCUUUCCUGAAAGAAAAGUAUUUGAGCGAGGUUCCAACGUCACAGUUUGCUGCAUUGCGAAGAAAAAUAAACAUGUAGAUAGUCUUACAUUUUACGAGAAACAACUGAAGACAAAUCAGCAACGAGUAUUAUUUACUGAAAAGCCUGAAUUUUCAUUCCCCCAUCGCUUUCAACUCACUUGUGGUUUUAACGGCAGUGUCAAUCACGUGUAUCUCUACCUCACCAGUCAGCCUGAUAAACCCCAAAAGCUAAGCUGUGAAACCGAAGACAUGAUUAAUAUUAGAUGUACUUGGGAUCCUGGACAUGUAGAGAAAGCUGAUUACUUGGAGAGACACUGUCCAAGGGAGUUUAUUCUGUCUGAUGUCUCUUCUACAAAAACAUAUUGUAGUACAAAGUUCGCAAAGAGUUGUUCAUUCAAGUGGGAUGACCAAUUCCUAUACAAUGUAAAGUUAACCUCCAGAAAUUGCCUUGGACAGAAACAUGAGCAGCUUAGUUUUAAUGUAAUGUACGUAGUUUGUCCUGUAAUUAUUGGUAAACCAUCAGUGGAUUAUCGAAAUGCUACUUUCAUUCAGUUAUCUUGGCAGAUAAAACCAAUAAAUGCAAGCCUAUCAUUGCUAUGCCAGAUCAAUGUUGGCGAGAAUAAGUACAAUAUCACAGUGCAGUCCAAUUCCGAUUCCCAUUUCCACUUUCAACUGGGUGGACUGCAACCUGCCACAAACUAUAUAUUUAGAGUACGCUGUGCUGCAGAUGUCAGUCCCUUCUGGAAAUGGAGUAACUGGACAGAGAGUAUAUCUGCUGAGACUACUGAAGCUGCUCCAUCAGGACUGCUUGAUGUCUGGAGACAUAUUAACUCAGGCUUGGAGCAACGUAAUGUAACUGUAUUCUGGAGGGAAUCCUCAGAAUUUCGUGCUAAUGGAAAGAUCCAAAAAUAUCUGCUAUCCUGGGAAAAUUUAGAGGACCCUUCUGCCCAGCAUCACAAUGACUCAGUUUCUGCAUCACAGAACUACACAAUUUCUCUUGGCCACAAUUCAUACAAAAUCCUUGUUUGGGCACAGAACAGAGCAUCUGUAUCCUCUCCCUCUGUGAUCAUCAUCCCAGCAACUGAUAAAAAUGGUAAAGUGCAUUAUAGUGAAGAGACUACAGACAACAAUACAGAACAUAAAAUUUAUAUUUCUUGGAAGCCUCAAAGCAAGUUCAGUCAGUAUGUUGUUGAGUGGUGCAACCAGCCCACACAUCACUUGUGUGAUUUUCAGUGGAAGAAGUAUGGGCAAAACCAAUCCAGUGAUCUCAUUACAUCUGAUGCCUUCAAACGUGGGGUAAGAUACACUUUUAAUGUGUAUGGAAUACAAGGUGAUAGAAGUUAUUUAUUGGAAAAGAAGGUCAAAUAUCUUGAAGAGGAACCAUCACGCUUCCUCUCAUGUAAUAUAGAUGCAAUCACCGCAAAUUCAUUAAGAGUCACUUGGAAACGAGAUGAUCCAGAAUUCAGCUCUGGUUUUAUUAGAGGUUACAUACUUUACAUGAAAAUAGAUAAUCAAAACUGUUCGGUACAAGGAUCCAAACAAUUUAGACAUGCAGGUCAUCUGAUAUGCACUUACAAAAUUGAAGAACCAAACCAAACUAAAUUCACAGUGAGACAUUUGAAACCCAAUACAAAAUACUUAUUUGCGCUUCAGGCUUAUGCUGUCAAUCCUAAUUAUACUGACAAUGUCAACUUUAAGGCAGUGUUUACGCCCGAUAAUGAAAAAUGGUUUUUCAAUCUACUUUACCUACUAGUGAUUAUCCCAUUAAUACUGAUGUGUGUGUGUUCCAGUAAAAGUAAUCGCGUAAGGAAUUGUUUGAAUCCUGUAAUACCCCAACCUAAAAUAACUCCAUUUUUGAAGAUGAGUCUUGGAAUAACAGAAGUAAAUGAUAUGAUCCCUAACCAAUUAGUCAUGCUGGAGAAGCCUCAGGAAUUCAGUCCCAAACAAUCUACUUUGGGAAUACUAUUGGAAAAUAAGACGUAUUCUCAAUUCACCUAUUAUCCAGAAGUGCAGAUAAAAGAGAGAACAAACCAGAAAUUCAACUCAGGUGUAACAUCCUACAAACCUCUCCAAGACUUUGGUUUUACAAGCAGCCCCAAUCCCUGCACACCAGAAGCACCUCUCCUUUCAAAAGACAAUUUGAAUUACAUCUACCAAACAGAAGUGGCUCCCUCUAUGAUCCGGGAAACCGAUUCUGAUUGUUCUGUACCUUGGUUAGAUUACAGACCUCAGCGCAGCAUAACUUGCAGAAGAAAUACAGAUUAUUAGAUUAAUAUUCAUAUCAGUUAUUUACCAGUAUAUUCAUUUCAGUUCACUGUGAGCAGCUUCUAAAUAAACAAGGUUACAUGUUUCUUGGGCAUUCUGAACAUCAACGAGUGAAGUUGGGAAAAAGAGGAAGAGAUGGAACAGUCUCUUGUACUGACUGAAGAUUCAGGUCAUUCUAGACCAAAUGUGGACAUGACACACAGUAAUAAAGGGACUGCAUAAAAUAACCUCUCAUGAAUGUUAAACAAGAUGUACAGGAUUGCAUCAUUUCCAGAUGAAUAAGAAAAAAUAUUUUAAAAUCACUUGGCUUCAAGUGACUUGAUUUCUGUCUGCAGUGUUAAAUUAUUAAAUAACUAUUCAGUUUCUUUGCAACUGAAUGGAAGUGGCAAAAAAAAAUGUGUUUCUUAAUUUUCUUUAAAAAUGUGUUCCUUUGGAGUCCAUGGAAGCGCAAAUGACAAAAACAUGUGAUCGCCCCAAAGGCUACUUCCAUCAGAUGUUGGGACCAAGUGUAAAACUGCAGCAAUUGUGUAAUGGAGUCACUGUGUGUUGUUAUUUUGAUGUUAUUUUAAUGUUUUGCUGGGGAUACCAAGCCAUCAAUUACAUUUUUCUUUAUGUCCCCAUUUUGGGGAAACACACAGCUAAUUUAAUAAUUGUGUAAUUACAGAACUGACUUACAAGAAGUAUAUGUAAAAAUUGGAGGUUGUAAUUGUAUUCAUU